AUGUCCGUGGCCUGGUCGCCAGAUAAAUCUCGACUCGCAUCUGCAUCAUCGGACCAUAGCGUCAAGAUUUGGAAUCCAGACUCACAAGAGUGUCUGCUUACCCUCGAGGGUCAUGCCGAUGCGGUGACAUCCGUCGUCUGGUCCCCCGAUGGAGCGAGGCUCGCGUCGGCAUCGUUCGAUCGCACUAUCAAAGUCUGGAAUGCAGCGAAUGGCAAGCUUCUCAUGACACUCGAGGGCCAUACCGCCGAGGUCCGGUCAGUGGCCUGGUCAGCAGAAGGAGGACUUGCUUCGGCAUCAGCUGAUACUACAGUCAAGAUCUGGGAUACAGUUUUGCAAGAUUGCAUUCGCACGCUUAAAGGACAUUUCAAAUCAGUCAUGGCAGUAGCUUGGUCCCCCGAUGGAACUCAGCUAGCUUCGGGGUCGAUGGAUGCCUCAGCAAAGAUAUGGAAUCCAGAAACAGGCGAGGCCACGGCAACAUUCACGGGCCAUGAAAACGAGGUCACAUCAGUGUCCUGGUCGCGCAAUGGGAGUCGUCUCGCAUCAGCAUCGUUCGAUAGCACCCUGAAGAUCUGGAAUGUAGAGACGAAAGCUUGUGUAUCAACACUCAAGGGCCAUACCGAUGCAGUCAACUCAGUGGCAUGGUGCAAAUCAACGACGCAUGUCGCUUCAGCGUCUGCCGACAAAGAGGUCAAGAUAUGGGAUGUCAAUACCGGCGAACCAGUCCUUGCACUCACGCUCAAGGGCCAUGAGUCUGGGGUCAACUCAGUCUCUUGGUCGUCAGACGGAAAAGAGAUUGCAUCCGGGUCUUAUGACAACACCGUCAAAAUCUGGGACGCAUCGACGGGCGAGUGCGUGACAACACUCAAAGGCCAUACCGACUUUAUCUGGGGCGUUGCCUGCGCACCCUACUGGAAGCCUGGCAACAAACGGGUCGCGUCGGCGUCAUACGACAAGACGGUGAGAAUCUGGGACGCAGAGACGAGCCAAUGCCUACACAUUCUCAACGGUCACACCAGGCCAGUCAUGACGGUGGCCUGGGAUCGCGGGGGAAAGAUGCUUGCAUCCGGGUCGUAUGACAACACCGUCAGGAUUUGGGAUACGCAAACAGCUCAGUGUCUCGGGUCGAUUUUCACACUCGAUCAUCAAGAGCCCGGCGCAGUCACCUCGGUGGCCUGGUCAAACGAUUCCAAACAGAUCCUGUCAGCCAACGACACCCUCAAGAUCUGGGAUCCGUCCACAUUCGAGGCUAAAGCAAAGCCUCAAGGCGACAAGAGCGAUCCUCGCUGGGCGCGCUGGUCACCCGAUGGAACGCGCAUCGCCUCGGCAGGGUACGAUAAGAAUGUCCGAAUCUGGGACUCGAAAUUAACUCAGUGUCUGUUGAGCCUCGAGGGACAUACUGACUGGGUUUUUUGCGUCGACUGGUCUCCGGAUCAAACACAAGUCGUUUCGGCAUCGUCGGAUAAAACAGCAAAGAUAUGGCAUGCGGGCUCAGGCAAGUGUUUGUCGACAAUCAAGCAUGAUGACAAAGUCAUUGCCGUAGCUUGGUGUCAAACAUCUUCGCGGAUAGUCACGGGGGGAGAAGACAGGACGGUCAGGGUUUGGAACGUGUAG